AUGCCUCGGAAGCGGAAAGAGAAAACUGAAAAAGAGGUUUUCCCAGAGAAAUUGCAGAAGCCACAACAGAGAAACGCUGCUAAUGCCAGAGAAAGAUCUCGUAUGAGAGUGUUAAGCAAAGCCUUUUCCAGAUUAAAGACAACGUUACCAUGGGUACCUCCAGACACCAAACUGUCCAAGCUGGACACUCUACGUUUAGCAUCCAGCUACAUUGUCCACCUGAAACAGAUUCUUGAUCACGAAGACAACAUGAUGGCAACUGGUUGUAUACAUCCCGAAAAUUUGACUUGGCCGUUCACAUUCAAUGGCCGUAACACUGAGAGCUGCAACGACAAGGUGCAAGUAGGAAGUAGUGACAACACUGUCUCAAGUGACAGAAGCGAUGACAGCAGCAGCCCAGCCAUCUAA